AUGCCUAAUUGGAAUCAAAUUCAGUCCCAAUUAAGGCAUCCUGCUAAUCCUGUAGUGUUUUUUGAUGUAUCAGUAGGAACUACAGAAAUUGGUCGAAUGAUAUUUGAACUAUUUGCAGACAUCGUUCCAAAAACGAGUGAAAACUUUAGACAAUUUUGCACUGGAGAAUUUCGCAAAGACGCUGUGCCACUUGGGUUUAAAGGAGCUAGUUUCCACCGUGUAAUUAAAGAUUUCAUGAUUCAAGGAGGAGAUUUUGUAAAUGGAGACGGAACUGGUGUAAUGAGUAUAUAUGGUGGAGGUACAUUUGCCGACGAAAACUUUACUUUAAAACAUGAUACGCCGGGUUUAUUAUCAAUGGCUAAUAGUGGUAAAGACACAAAUGGAUGCCAGUUUUUCAUAACGUGUGCCAAAUGUAACUUUUUAGAUGGUAAGCAUGUUGUUUUUGGGAGAGUUAUUGAUGGUCUCCUAGUUAUGAGAAAGAUUGAAAAUGUUCCAACGGGACCUAAUAACAAACCAAAAAUACCAGUGACUAUUAUUCAGUGUGGUCAGAUGUGAAUUUAUACAGUGUGGAUAAAGAAAUAAUUUUAAAUGUAAUAAACAUUUGUUUUAUAGAAUUAAAUAAGUACUUUUUCAAUUCCUAAAAGUAUCUUUUGAAUAAUUUGCAACAGUAAGUUAAAGAACAUUACAUCUGGAAUCUAGCUAGUGAAAAAUACCAGAUUCUUUCUAUAAACUGCAGGCUAUUUCAAAUUACAAUUUCAUGUUGUUAAUUUAUAAUAAUAAGACAUACUUAUUAUACUUAUACUACGAAUUUGAAUGGUUAUCUGUUGAUUUUAAACAGUCUAGAACAUUUAUUAUGUGUGGCCAUUUACUUAACAAAAAGAAACUGUUUAUUGAUAGCACUAAAAGAACAAAGUAUAGAUGCAAAACUGUGAAGAUUAACCAAGAUGGCUAUAAGCAAAACAAAAGAGUAAGGCAAGGCAACUUGCUAUAGGCAACACUAUUCAACUUAGUAUUUUGAUAAAUUAUGAGGAAAAUUUAAGUGGUGGACAAAUAAUUGUUCAUGAGAUAGUGACAUAAGGAAAACAGAUGGGUUUAAAAAUCAAUGGAAACAAAACAAAAAUAAUGAGAUUUGGAAAGCCAUGUCAAGGAGAAAUGUGAAAGUUAGCAAGUAUGGUAGUAGAAAAAUUUAAGUAUCUCAGUAUUAUGAUCAAUUAUAGAGGUGGCAAGCGUAAUGAGAUUGAAGAAAAAAUAAUUACAUACUACAAAUAGAGGUCAUAGGGAAUUUUUGAAAAGCAUACUAGUUACAAAACGAGCGAUGAUCAAUAUAUAUAAAAUAAUGAUUGAACCAGUAACUGAAAUAAAAUUGUAAACAAGGGAAAGAAAAAUAAUCAGAAAAAUAAUGGGACCAGUAAAAAUUAGUGAAGGGGAAUAUAGGAUAAAUACCAAAACUCAGCAGCCAUCAGCAAUACUAAACAUGAAUAGAACUAAUGUUUAAAUUGAUAUUCUUGUUAUAGACCAAUUCAAUUUGAAAAAUCAUAUGUAUAUUAAGCUAGAUCAUAUUUUAAUGUGAAUUAGAGAAACAACGUGGUAAUUAACUGAAUAGAUAAUAUAAACAUAGUUUUCAGAUCAGGAACGUUGAAACCUGACUAGUAACUAUUCCACAAUAGAAAAUAUGUCAAAUUAUUAGAGAAGUCAAUCCACCGCGUUCGCGACCUAGUUUAUCAAAUUUGAGAGCAGAAAGAGCUUUUGUUAUUGUACUGCACUUCGUUUUUUGAAUUUUUCACAUAAAUUUUGAGGUUAUGGGACAAAAGUGAAAAUACAAAAAUUGUAGAUAUUCUUAUUAUCUUAUUACCCCAAAAUUGCUAUGUAACUUUUUUCCAUAAGACUUUUAGUUCUGCCGGAAAUCGAGAUAAACCGUUUUUACCCUUAAAAACUCACCCCCUUUCCCUUGCCGACCUCAGAUCACCAGUAAAUUAUUUUUCUUUUUAUUAUAUUCUCCUACUUUUCCAAUGGGUUUCAUGCUACUAUUAUUUUUUUUUUUCAAUUUUUAUUAUUUUAAAGGCUUUUGCCCUGGUUUAAAAGGAGAUGUUUUUAAUAAAUAUCAUAAUUGUUUUCACUAUUUAUUUUUCAUCUUUAAUAAAUAUUUUUUGCAAUUACAUUAUUUGUUCAUUUUGUUGAAAUUAACAAGAGGUUCAACAUAUACAUAUUUUUUUGGCUUUUGUGGUUGUUUCGGGACCAUUUCUAGUUUUGUGAAAGCUGGCACAAUUGGAAGUUCUUCAAUAAUCUCUACAGGUCUUAUAGAUCCAAAAAAAUCUGUUAUUGGUACUUUAUCUGGAUUUCUUCUGAAUAAAUCUCUUCUUACUCCAACAGUGGAUAUACAGACACUUUUAGGACACACUUUCAACUAAAAUCAAAAGUAAUUUCAAUCUUUCAAAUUGUAUUUGUCAAACAAAGUUGCAUUGUGUUAUUUAUUAAGUUAAUAAGAAUAGAAAUAAGUUGAAUUCUCUAUAAGAAAGGCCCAGGAAUUCAGAAACAUUAUAUAAAGAAUGAAGCAUACAAUUGGCUAUAUACUUACAAAUUCUCCUAAUGUUCUAUUGCUUUGUGGAUUCACAUUUUCCAAGAAAUAUAAAGCAUAGUAUGUAUAACGAUCUAUUAUAUAAACUCCAAUUGCUGGAUCUACGUGAUGCUAAAAAAAUUAACUAAUAUAAUUUUUUUAUUAAAUAAAUAUUUGUGAUAAACUAAAAGUGUUGCUAUCGUGUCCCUCAACGGUCUGCUUGCAAGGCGGGCUCGGCAGAGAUGUAUAGAAACACUUGGCAUGAGACAAGCGAAAGUACACUUAGAUGUAUCUUGUGCGUAUCUUACCAAAAGACUCCUCCAUUUAAACAGGAGCAAAAUACAACUAGUGAUCGGACACGGCCUUCUAAGACGCCAUCUCCACACUGUGGGCAUCAUAAACGAUCUGGAGUACCACUGGUGCAUGGAGGAGGAUGAAACUGCAGACCACAUAAUCUGUGAGUGCCCAGCAUUCACACGAGCGCGGUUUAAACACUUGAACAAGCCUCACAACUUACCUAAUAACAUUGGCCUUUGGUAACGUCAAGAGAGACAUGAAGGGUCUAUCUGAAGGUAUAUGUGCUCAACAGCCCUUAGCCGGUCACAAUGCUACUAUGAACAUUGAAGUUCUAAUAAUUUUUUAAUUGUAUUAGACUUUAAUAAGUUUGUAAAGUUCUCAUUGGAUUAAAAAUCUCAUUUUCAAUUGAAAGUUUCCUUUGUCUUCAUUUCAAUAUGCGAAAAAAGUUAUUUAUUAAAUUAUAAAUAUUUGUAAAUUUAA